AUGAUAAUGGUUAGUUUACCAUUGGAUAUCGUUGAUUAAUGUUGUUUUAGAUUUUUAUAGGAUUGCAAGGUGUGAUGGAGACGUUGGGGAUGUGUUGGAUUUUAUUGGAGAGUUGGAGGAUGGGAUUUUUGAGGUUUUUAUAUUAUUUUUUGUAUAUUUAGGUCGUAUUCCGGUUAUUUUUUGGAUGACUUAUAUUGUUUUACAAGUCAAUUUUAUUUUAAAAAAUUUUUGUUCCAAAACACCCAUUGGAAGUGUUUUUGCCCAUUUUUGGCUCGAAUUACUGGCUUUUGCUGACAUUCCCAAUUACAUGAGUUUCGAAGAUAUUCCUUACUUUUUCAGUGAAAGUUGAGAUUUUUUUGGAUUUUUUUUUACUUUUUAUUUUUAAUAGGUAUGCAAUUUUUAUUUGUAUUCAUAAAAAAAUCAACAAACGUAUUUUAAAAAUUUGCCGGAGGUAUUUGUGGGUCUUUUUUUGCUAUUUUUAUUCUAUCUGGACCUUGAUGUUUAAUUUAAUUUUUUUUUCGUGAAUUAGCUUUAUUUCGCGACUCUUAACUUUUAAAUUUUUUCUCUGUCACUCAACUCCCUUACCAUUCCUUGCAGCUGAAGGCAAAAAUUCCGCGUUUUUUGAGGCGCUUCUCCUCCAAAAAACGGGACCAACACCAGAACCAGAAGGCCACCAACUCAGCCCCCAAUUCCCAGUCCCCCAGCCCCACGCCCGCCGCCACAAUCCCACCCGAGCCGCAGCCCAGCACCUCUAGUCCCAACGAGAACCGGCUAGCCGGACAGCCAAACAGCGGCUCAACGAUGGAACGCAUGGAAUACACGGACGUUGAGCAGAAGGCCAAGAAAAAUGAGCGUGUAGAAGCGGUGGGAGACGCCAUGGAGACGGACGAGCCCAACCGACAAAUACAAUGGCGAUUCUCGCAACUCAAAGGUGCCAUGGAUCAGGCCGUAGCCAGCGAUGGUAAGUUUUAUGAGAGGUUUUUGGCUUUGAGUCAAGUGUUAUAUAGUUUAGGUCAGAAAAGGUGAUUUUUUGAGGGUGAUUACGUUAGUUGUGUUUGAUAAUGAAGGAAAAUACAAUUGAAGAUUGUAUAUUUGAUUUGUAUAGUCAUGGAGAUAUAAUUUUGCAUUUUUUCAGCUGAUCAAAUCACAACGGUCCAGUUCAGCGAAGACGGGGAAUUGUUAACAACCGGUGAUCGAGGAGGUCGGAUAGUCAUUUUCAAGAGGAGUGAAGUGAGUUUUUCUUUAUUUUUGUUCUGGUUUUAGAUGAAUUUGGAUCAAAAGGGAAAUUUUUGGCUAUGAUAAUGUAAAGUAUUGCCGGUUUUUGCGGGGAAAAGAAUUUUCUUGGUUUGAUGUCCAGGAUAUGGCUGAAAUAAUGUCUAAUUUGCAGAGUUAUCAGCCCAACGGCCGUCGCUCGGCAGAAUACGCGGUGUAUUCGACGUUCCAAUCGCAUGAACCCGAGUUCGAUUACUUGAAAUCCCUGGAGAUUGAGGAGAAGAUUAACCAAAUAAAAUGGAUGAAAAAGAAGAGCAGCUCCGACUUUUUAUUGUCAACGAAUGGUAGGUCCCAUUUCGAGAUUGUUUCUAUUGAAAUUUAGACAAAACAAUAAAAUUGUGGAAGAUAUCGGAGAGGAGAAAACAGUUAUCAGAUGGCAAUUUUAAUAUCAGCAGGGAUAAUGGGCGCUUAAAACGAGUCAACGACGACCUCCUCUUACCUCAACUAGAAGAUAUGGAGCUGGUGGUGGAGGCCACACCACGCAGAGUCUAUUCGAAUGCUCAUACAUACCAUAUUAAUUCGAUAAGUCUGAAUGCGGAUCAGGUGAGAUUUUUUGUUAUUUUUGAGGGGUUUAGAUUGUUUUUGAAAUGGAACAGGGUUUUUUUUGAAAAGUUUGGAGCCAAUAGUAACUCAAAAAAAAAGUUGUGUUAGUUAGAAAACGGUAUUUCUUGUGAAGUUUUUAUUGUACUAGACAAAAGUUGCCAAGUUAGCGAAAGAAUAAGUGUUGCAGAGUAUAAUUAUUACUUCAAGACCUUUAAAAAUAUAUAUAAUAUUAUACAUUCAUAUAAAAAUCUAUAUUUUGUAAAAAAAAACAUUGGAAAAAAGAUAUAUAAAAAUCGGAAAUUUUCUUUGGUUCAUCCUAAUAGAACCUUUUUUUAAUCCAGGACACAUUUAUCUCCGCUGACGACUUGAGGAUAAACCUCUGGCACCACGAAAUCACGAAAGAAUCCUUCACUAUCGUCGACAUAAAACCGGCCAACAUGGAGGAGCUGGUGGAGGUGAUAACGUCGGCCGAAUUCCAUCCCCAAAGCGACUUUAUGUUCGCCUACGGCAGUUCGAAAGGCCUGGUUCGACUUUGCGAUACCCGUCAAAAAGCCCUGUGCGAUGAGGCCGCCAAAGUUUUCGAAGCCAAGGACGAAAUGCACGGCUUCUUUUCGGAGAUUGUGAGCUCGGUGUCGGACGUCAAGUUCUCGAACAAUGGCCGGUAUCUGCUGACGAGAGAUUAUUUGAGCGCAUAUGUCUGGGAUUUGAAGAUGGAUUCGGCUCCAAUUGAGACCUACAGUAUCCAUGAUUAUCUGCGAAAUAAGUUGUGCACUCUGUAUGAAAAUGAUGCCAUAUUCGACAAGUUCGAGUCCUGUUGGAGUGGAGAUGACACGUAGGUUGAGGGGAAGGGAUGAUUUUUGGGGUUUCGAGGAGGGGUUUUAUUGUUUUAGGCAGUGAGGAAAAAUUGGGAGGAAAAUGAGAAGUUUAGUUUUACACUUUUUUAGACAUAUCCUAAGCGGCUCCUACAACAACUACUUCCGCACCUUCGACCGGGGCACCGGCCAAGACACCGUCGCCGAAGCCAACUACCGCCUCUACCGGCAGGAGAACGGGUCCCUACAACGCGGCCAACUCUGCGGCCAACCCCGCACCGAAGUGGACCUGGAGUCGCUGGACUUUGACGCCAAAAUCAUGCACUCGGCCUGGCAUCCCAAGGAGAAUAUCGUGGCCCUCGCGGCCGGUAACCUACUCUACGUGUUCGAAGCCGAUUAG